AUGGUCAAGGCUGUCGCUGUCCUCCGUGGUGACUCCAAUGUGAAAGGCACUGUAACCUUCGAGCAGACCUCUGAGUCCUCCAACACCGUCAUUUCAUAUAAUAUUUCAGGCAAUGACCCAAACGCCCUGCGUGGAUUCCACAUCCAUCAGUUCGGCGACAAUACCAAUGGCUGCACCUCUGCUGGCCCUCACUUCAACCCCUUCAGCAAAGCCCACGGCGCGCCCACUGAUGCUGAGCGUCACGUCGGAGACUUAGGCAACAUCACCACUGACGCAGAAGGUAAUGCCGUUGGUACCAUUGAGGAUCCACAGAUUAAGCUCAUUGGCGAGCAUAGCAUUCUUGGGCGUACCGUUGUUGUCCAUGCGGGUACCGAUGACCUUGGAAAUGGCGGAAAUGAAGAGUCUAAGAAAACUGGCAAUGCGGGUACCCGCCCCGCUUGUGGCGUCAUUGGUAUCACCACGUAA